AUGUACACCCUCACUCAGUUGGACGAUUACAACCGCCUCGUGAUGGCUAUCUCUGAAAACGACAUCCCUCGCAUUCAUCAGGUCAUCAACAUCGCUUUACGCAAUGGCGCCAGCAUCCGAGAAGUUGUCAACAAGCUGGAAGACGCUCUCGAGGGUGUGUACCAGCCACGCGGAUAUGGUGCUAACGACUUGGAUAUAGCCACCCUUGUCUUUAGACUGGGGGGGCGUCAGUUGCUUUUUGCCCUCAACCAGGGCCUCAAAAUUCCAUCCCUUCGUACUCUUCGCGCUAAAUCCAUAUUCACAUCUCUCUCACCAACCAUCGGCCCAAUACGCAACGAACAGUUCGACCAAAACAUCCAACAUAUUGUUGUCGACACUCGCGCUGACUUGUUGCCCUUGCGCGGCGUCAGUUUUAUGAUUGACGAGAUUGCGCUUGAGGAGAUGGCGGUUCAUUUCAGUAAGUUCAACAAGGUCGGUGGCCUUUGCUGGAAGCACUCGAACAUUAUCGACCCGGUUCUCCGCACAUACGACUCUGCUGUGAGUAUCGCGCAGAAAAUCCACGACGGCCACAUCCAUCUUGGAAAGGAGCUCACUGUGAUUGGUGUCUCCUGCUUCGGCGAAGACCAGAUAUACCCUAUCCUUGCAGCGCCCACCUGCAAGACAGAGGACGCAUCAGACAUGGAGCGCAUCCUCGCGCAAACUGUUGAGUGCUGGAACUCGAGUACUGCGGUUACGUCUGUCGGACCAGCCUGGUCUUUUGCAACAGAUGGCGAUGCAACUCGACGUGCCGCUGGACACAAACUUUUCGUCAAGACACCUUUAGCUCCAGACUCGCCUUUGUAUGGAACACUGAUCAAUAUGCCGGGCCUCAAUUUGUUCACUGGCGCGGGUGAAAUGACUCUUGAUUUCGACUUCAAGCACAUAUUUAAGCGUAUUUGCACACUCAUCCGGUCACCUGCAGGCAUUGUGCUCAAUAAUGGCCGAGUCAUCAAUUCCAUGAUGCUCGCGCGCUAUCUCGCGUGGUUGCCGGCAUACGAGGAAGCUGCGGUGACAAAACUGCUUUACCCGGAUGACCCUCAAGACGUCCCUCGUGCGGUUGAACUUAUGCUCGCCAUCAUCGAAUUCUCGAACUCCCAGCUCCACAUAUCCAACGAUUCGUUUUCCAUGGAUGUUGAUACUCGUGCUGAUGUUGCGUCCAUUUAUCUUCUCAGUAAACUGCUUGAAUCCAUCCUACUACCUUUCAUCCGCGUCGAGCUCUCCUUGUCCCAGCAAUUCGAAUCUCUCAGCCGUUAUUCACACCUCGCUUUCUCAUUUUUCCAUGCUCAUCGCCGAUCCUUCAUGUCAUACCAAUUAUACUACGACACACAGACAAUGGUCAAGAACGCCAUAUUCUCCCUCGCUAAGCAACAGUCUCUGGAUCCAUAUGCACCUUUUUUCCUUGGCGACGUCGGAGACGACCCCCUCGAGAUUCUUUUUGGACGCACUCGCAUGAUUGGCGGUCACAACUCGGCUUGUUCCUAUGCCCAGGCAAUUGACCGCCUUGCCGCUGCACAGGAUAUCGACGGGGUAUUCAAGCGUCAUCCCGAGCUUGAUCCGGGUCACCGACGAUUGAAACUCACUCGUCAUGAGGGAGUCGAUCAUAUCAAUCGGGAGAUCUGGAAGGGUGAUAUUAUCUCCGGCCGAUGUGAUCUUCCCUUAUCGUGGCGCAAAGGCCGUGAGGACGCACUUUUGAUCCUUGCCACUUCUCAGCUUGAUCCGGCUCAUUACUCCUAUGCGCAACUCUUCAACACUACGUCUGGCAUUGACAUGCUACGUCCAUUUGGCAACAAUAAGUACCUCGGCAUUAGUACAGACAACGAGCUCGAUGACGCCAGCCAAGUACCCAUUCUUCCCCCUCCCAUUGCAGCAUCUCCUACCUCACAAUGCCUAGAAACGGUCUUGAGUGAGGAUGGUGUUGAGGGCGUUGGUCCUGGAGAGUCGCAGGGAGAGAAUGACGAUGAAGAAGUCAUGUUGACGUUCGAAGAGGCCUUGAUUGAUGACUCUGACUCGCCUGCUGAUGCCCCCCCAGCUCAGUCUAACCAGCCUCGCACUCAAGAUUCUUCGUCCCCACCACUACCGCAAGGCCCAGGCAUCCGUCCCGACGACUAUCUGUUGUAUAACGGCCGCUGGAUCCACAAACAGACGGUCUGUCGUCUCAUCAUCAAUAAAGACUUCAUCUCGAAAUCACUUAACCGACUCGAGCGCGUCCGCGCUGGCUAUACUAAAGUCAACAAGCGCAUCGAUAUGUCGGCAGGUCGCAUCACUAACCAGAACUUAUUCCUCGUCGGUGAUAUCUUCGUGACCAUCCUGCGCUCCAGUCGGACACUUUCUAUUGCCGUUCUUCGGUCGACAGCAGCUAGCCUUUGCGGUAUUUCUCACUCGUCAAUCAACAUAGGCAUGAUGAAGGCUUCAAGAACCACGGCAAAGAUAACUGGCCAACUGCUCACCAUCAUCGCUACUCGCCUCUCAGCCGAUGUUUCACAGAUGUUCUUAUGGGACGGCGGGUAUGUUACUGCGCGUUCGGUAAUUCAAGGGUCCUCGGAGUCUACAGAACGCAGUGUCGUCGUAACCGUCCCAGGUUCUCUUGUCGAGCCUGUCAACCCCGAACCUACAUUCAUUCGGCUACGCGACGAUAUCAACGUGGACGACUUCUUGCAAGUGAGGGGGGGGCAGAGCACAUGGCAGAUCUCACGGGACGCUCUGCAAACAGCUUGUGACCUGCUAUGGGCGAAAGCGGUAGAGAUAAAUGUCCCUCUCAAGUCAAUUGCAGUCGUUACUCCUUCAGAUGAGACCAAAUUUCCUUAUAGACGCUUGGAUGGUAAGUGUACUCCUGCUGUCAUUUCUAUGGAGGCCAGUAAUUUGCUGGGAGCAUCCGAAGGGGAUCGAAUCUCCGUGUGUCCCCUUUGCGAAUCAAGUGUCCUCAAUAUGCGCAAUCACAUGGGUCAGCAUAUCCUGCGCGCACUCAGUAACACACCAGAGGAGGUCGUUUUGAAAGAACCUGUCGGCGACACACUUCCGUGUGGCUUUUGCGGACGUUCUGGUCGACCAGAGUGUGCUAUCACCGUCACUGUGCCCGCAAAAGCCGCCACAACAUGGGACACUAAAUGCAUGUACCAGCACCAAUUCCGUUACGCAUCCGCCGAGACUGGUUCCAAGAAUACACCAUGCCGCAACCUGCCACUGAAAUGUGAGCUUUGCCAUCCCAUUCUCCCUCCAGCGCCCGGCAAGACAACGAGAAAGACGGCUGUCGUCCCGGUCGGUGCCGUUUGGCGCUACAAUAUGCACGAGCAUAUCUUCCGGGAACAUGAGGAAUAUAUGGUGCCGGGACAGAGAGAUGUUGGCUUACCGCUGCCCGCAAAUGUUUGGAGGGAGAUGAAGCUCACGGACUUGGAGCAAACGGCUUCGCGCAUCCCAAAGACGCAUUGGCAGCCUUCCUACACUCCUCCGGGCGAGAUUGGAAAAGAGAACAUUCCUCCAUUAGUUUCCCGUGGUUCCAAACGCGCCGCUCCGCAAGCAGGCUCUUCCCGUCCUUCAAAGAAGGUCCGAAUGACUAUUCCUACUGCUCUUUCUGCACUCAGCGGUUGA